UUUAUCCUGAGCCUUUUUUCGGAGAACCCAAAAUGUCAACUACAUUUCCAGGACUAGUCCACGAAGCAGAGAUACGUCACGACGGAUCAAACAGCUAUCGUUUGAUGCAGCUUGGAUGUCUGGAGUCUGUGGCCAACUCAACUGUCGCCUAUUCCUCCUCUUCGCCUCUAACUUACUCCACCACCGGCACUGAGUUUGCUUCCCCAUAUUUCUCCACUAAUCACCAGUACACACCACUUCAUCACCAGUCCUUCCACUACGAGUUCCAACACGGGCACCCGGCAGUCAACCCUGACGCUUACUCCUUGAAUUCUCUCCACCACUCGCAGCAAUACUACCAGCAGAUCCACCAUGGGGAACCCACCGAUUUUAUUAACCUGCACAACGCCCGGGCUCUCAAAUCCUCUUGCUUGGACGAGCAGAGGAGAGAGCUGGGAUGUUUAGAUGCUUACCGGCGCCACGACCUGUCUCUUAUGAGCCAUGGGUCCCAAUAUGGGAUGCAUCCCGAUCAAAGACUCCUGCCAGGACCAAGCCUCGGGCUUGCAGCCUCGGGGACAGACGAUUUGCAGGGGUCGGUGGAGGCCCAAUGUGGGCUAGUACUGAACAGCCAAGGUGGGGUGAUAAGGAGAGGUGGUACCUGUGUUGUUAACCCCACAGAUCUUUUUUGCUCUGUACCCGGGCGCUUAUCUCUACUCAGCUCCACUUCUAAAUACAAAGUGACCAUUGCAGAGGUGAAGAGGCGCCUCUCUCCACCCGAAUGCCUCAAUGCUUCGCUCUUGGGAGGCAUUUUGAGAAGAGCAAAAUCCAAGAAUGGGGGGCGCUGUUUGCGAGAAAAAUUGGACAGACUGGGACUGAAUUUGCCUGCAGGAAGAAGGAAAGCAGCAAAUGUCACCCUUCUGACUUCCCUGGUUGAAGGGGAAGCCUUACAUUUGGCCAGGGAUUUUGGCUACACCUGCGAAACAGAGUUCCCGGCCAAGGCAGUAGGAGAACAUCUUGCCAGACAACAUAUGGAACAGAAAGAACAGACAGCGAGGAAAAAGAUGAUCCUAGCAACAAAACAAAUAUGUAAAGAAUUCCAGGACCUAUUGAGUCAAGACAGAUCGCCCCUUGGAUCCUCAAGACCAACUCCAAUAUUAGACCUCGACAUCCAGAGACAUUUAACACACUUCAGUUUGAUCACUCAUGGCUUUGGAACUCCUGCAAUAUGUGCUGCCCUCAGCACUUUCCAAACUGUUCUCAGCGAAAUGCUGAACUACUUGGAAAAACACACAUCGCACAAAACCGGAGGAGCCGCAGAAUCUGGCCAAGGACACGCCAACUCGGAGAAAGCCCCCCUGAGGAAAACUUCAGAAGCUGCUGUGAAAGAGGGCAAAACAGAAAAGACAGACUAGCUACAUCAAACAGAAUCUAUUUCCAGAGAGUCUUGCUGCU